AGAGUGGGAGAUGGGACGGCUCCAGGCGCGUCGAACACGGUCUCACGACGCGUUCUCGGGCCAAAACAUAGGCUGGUCAGCGUGUGACGAGUUGGGUGGAGCCAACCAGCCAUCAGUGCCUGGUCAUUAUCAGAGAAAAUCUAAUCUGAUCCGAGGCCGGCACGAGCACGGUCAGCUUGCAGCCAAUGCAAGCGUCGAGUCUGGCCUCGAGGCGGGCCAGUAUGGGUUUCAAAUGCAUUUCCAAGCCUUUGUUCAGCCGACAAAUGCAGGACUAACUAGUCACGGAAACGGUCCUUGCGUGUUGUGGUGGGGAGAAUCGAAUCAUAGCGCGUUGCGACGCGUCUGGCACAGACGGUUUUUUUCGUGAGAGCUCGUGGCUGGGCAACGCGACGGGCGACAUUGGAGGAGAUUCUCACCACACAAUAGAUGGAAAGACGGCG